UGAAUAACGAAUUAUAAUUUGAUAUUCACUAUACUAUAGUUAAUUUUGAGAUACGUUGUUAUCAAUGAUACUGAUGUUUUAUAUGAUCAUUUACAGGUUUAUUAAUUGUCUAUGUAAUGUUUCUUACAAAUGGUAUUUGUUAUUCGUUUAGUCACCAGACGUACAGGUAGAUGGAAAUUAGUGAAGUUAAAACCACGAGACAGAAAACAAUAAAUGAAUUAGAACCAGAACUUUGUUCGUCUGAGUCGUUUGUGUGACGUAUUAAACCCGGUGACACCCCAGAGUGUGUGAAUUGGUUUUCCGCAUUCUACAGUGAGUGACUUCGCUAAAGAUGUCGACACAGGAUGAAAAGACAGACCUUCUGCGACAGAGAAGAACGCGUAAAGGUGCAUUGACGCGAUUGCUGAACACAAUGAUGGGAACAAUCGAAGAUGGGGAUGCGGAUCGUGAUGCUGUGAAGGAGUUGUUGGCGAAGAGUCAGAAAGCUUUCGAUGCAGUUGAAGCGAUUCACAAUCAGCUUACCGAUGCAGCAGACGAUGAGGAAGCCGACAUCUUUGAAACAUGGAUGGACGAGUGCCAUACUGCAUUCUGGAAGGCUCGCACUGCAGCCAUAAGGUAUUCCAAUGUAAUAAAUACCAGUGGACAUGCCACUGAUAAUGCUAAAUCAGACUCUAAUGAUAGUUCUGAUCAAGGUGAUGUUGGUUCGUUGCAAUCUUCAUCCAGUGAAGCCGCAAUUGGUGGCGAUUUAAGUAAUGACGGUAAUUUAGCCAACGAUGAAGUAAAUGUUAGUGCUUCACAAUCUAACAAUGUUGUUUCAAUUAGUGAAGGCUCAAUUGAGUCAGACGGAGUUAUUGUUAAUAACCCGAAUGUAGCAGAAUCAACCUCUAGUGGUGAUUCUAGUGUUAGCCUGAGUGGCUUUAAUGAGAUUAAACUAGCCCUAGAGCUACCUAAGGCACAGUUCUCCGACUUCAAUGGUAAUCCAUUAGAAUUCUAUGCUUUUAUGAUUAAUUUUGAAAUUAAUGUUGAAUGCAAACUCAGUAGUGAUGCUACACGUCUGCAAUACUUACUUCAAAUGUGUAAAGGCAAAGCGCAUAACUGCAUUGAAUGCUGUGCGUUGCUACCAGGUAAUGAAGGUUAUGCGCAGGCGAAAACUAUACUAAAGAGACAGUUUGGUCAGCCGCACAUGGUGCUUAAUGCGCUUAUGCAUGAAUUGCUGGAUCGCAAGCCGCUGAAACCCAACGAUAGUGAUUCGUUGUGGUAACUAAUUGCUACCAUGAAAAGGUGUCACGUUACCCUAACAAAAAUAGGCUAUACUAGUGACUUGAACAGUACCAGUAAUCUGUUAAGGAUACAGGAAUUGCUCCCUAUGUACCUUAAAACCUCUUGGGCCAAGAAGGCACAUUCUAUCCUAUAUGGUAAUGAGUCUAGGGAACCAGGAUUCAAAGAUUUGUUAGAAUUCCUGGAACAUCAGGCUGAGAUAUCAUGCACGAUGUUCGGUAGGAAUGUUUCCAAGUCCCAUGUGAGCAGUACGUGUUCUAAACCUGCCAAUAAGGUUAGUGUGAGGACUAACAAUGUUAGUAGCAAUCCAUUAAAAUGCUAUGUAUGUGAUGGUAAUCACCGUGUCUAUGCAUGCAGUAGUCUUGCAGAAAACUCAUAUGACCAAAAAGUGCAGUUGGUGAAGUUGAAAAGGCUGUGCUUUAGGUGUCUGGCACCAGGCCAUGUAGCAGCAAAGUGUACUAAGAAAUGGACAUGCAAAAAGUGUGGUUCAGGUAAGCACCAUGAAGCAGUACAUCCGCCACCAAGAUCUGAAGCAAGCCCUGACCAACAGAUAACAUCUAACUGUACAUCGAGCGGUGGACGCGUUUAUUUAAGAAUCCUACCAGUAGUUGUUACUACUUACACCGGUAUUCAGGUAAGUACCCUUGCCUUACUUGAUCAGGGUUCUGAUGCUAGCCUUUGUUCUGAAAGCCUUAGAAAACAAUUAGGUGUACGUGGCGAGAGGAUAAAGUACAAAUCCACGACUAUCAAUGGUGACAUAGAUAGAGUAGGAUUCAAAUUCGAACUUACAGUAAAAGGUAAGUACGAAGAUCAAGUUAUGCCUGUUGAUUUCCUUUCAGUCCCAAAGAUACCAGCAUCUGCUGAUAGCCGACCCAGAGUCAACGACUUAGGUAAAUGGAGUCACUUGAACAAUCUUCCCUGGGAGGACUAUGAAUUUGAUGAGGUGGGCCUAAUGAUCGGUUCAGAUGCCCCUCAGGCAUUUUGGGUGCUCGAAGAACGUAAGAGCAAACGGAAAGGAAAUAGUAAAGACCCUUAUGCCGUUAAGACUUUGCUAGGUUGGUCGGUGAUGGGACCAGGUGGUCCAGGCAGAAGAACUGUCACAAGCCACCAUAUUCAGGUAAGUAACCAAAGACUGUUGGAAGAAGUGCAAAUGUCAUGGGCUAUAGAGAAUAGUGGUCUCUGUGAAGAGCAAGAUUCAGUUGAAGACAUCAGGGCUCGUAAAAUUAUGGAAUCUACUAUAGGUCUAACUGGCGAUGGCCAUUAUGAAAUGGGCCUACUUUGGAAGUACGAUAACCACGAUUUGCCCUAUAACAAAUCAAUGGCAGAGUCACGACUUACGUCCCUGAAAAGAAGGCUAUCGACGAACGAUGAAACUCGUAUGAAAUACACAAAAGUUAUACAGGGCUACAUAGAGAAUGGUUAUGCUGAGCCAGUAACUGAUGGAGAAACAAAAUCAGGUAAUAUUUGGUAUUUGCCUCACCACCCAGUCAUCCAUCCUCUGAAAAAUAAGGUAAGAGUAGUCUACGACUGUGCAGCGAAAUUUCGUGGAACAUCGCUUAACGAUAUGCUUUUGAAAGGACCAGAUUUAAUGAAUGAUCUAUUAGGCGUCUUGCUAAGGUUUAGGCAAUGCAGGAUAGCCAUAGUUAGCGACAUCGAGGCAAUGUUCCAUCAGGUACGUAUGAUUAAGUCCGAUAGAGACGUUUUAAGGUUUCUUUGGUGGGAGGGAGGCGAUCUUAGUAAGCUGCCCAAGGAAUACAGGAUGUGUGUUCACCUAUUUGGUGCCACUUCUUCGCCGUCGUGUGCUGGAAAGGCCCUAAAACAGACGGCAGACGACAAUGAGGUCAGCAACAACGAUGAAAUUGGUCGACGGGCGACAGAAAUCAUUAGAAAUAGUUUCUAUGUCGAUGAUUGCUUGAGUUCUGUAGAAAACGCCGAAUUAGCUAUACAGUUAGUUAAGAGACUUGUUGAGAUUCUCGACAAGGGCGGAUUUCGCUUAACUAAGUGGUUAAGCAAUGACAGGUCGGUAUUAGAUAGCAUAGAAAAGUCUGAACGAGCUCCUUCUGUACCAAUUUCUUUAGACGAAUUGCCAACCGAACGGACUCUGGGUGUGUGCUGGAAUGCUGAAGAAGACCAGUUUACAUUCCAGACAUCGCUCAGGGAAAA